AUGGCGCUGGUGAUGGAGCCGGUGAGCAAAUGGAGCGCGAGCCAGGUGGUGGACUGGAUGAAAGGUCUGGACGACUGCCUGCAGCAGUACGUGUGUGUGUUCGAGCGCGGAGGUGUGUGUGGCGAGAGGCUGCUGAGGAUCAGCCACGCCGAGCUGGAGGAGCUGGGCGUGUCCCGCAUCGGACACCAGGAGCUCAUCCUGGAGGCCGUGGACUUGCUCUGCGCUCUGAACUCGGGUCUGGAGACGGAGAGCGUGCGGACUCUGGCUCACAAACUCGGCGCCUCGGCCAAGAACCUGCAGAACUUCAUAUCCGGGCGGCGGCGCAGCAGCCAAUCGGAGAGCAGGUCCUCUCGCCGGCUGCCCAACGACCUCCUGACCUCCGUGGUCGACCUCAUCACCGCCGCCAAGAGCCUGCUGGCCUGGCUGGACAGGUCUCCCUUUGCUGCAGUGGCAGACUACUCAGUAACCAGAAAUAAUGUCAUCCAGCUCUGCCUGGAGCUCACCACCAUCGUACAGCAGGACUGUACGGUGUUUGAGACGGAGAACAAGAUCCUUCAUGUGUGCAAGACUCUGUCGGAGGUGUGUGAGCACAUCGUGUGUGUGUCGUCCGACCCGCUGGUUUCUCAGUCGGCGCACCUGGAGCUGGUUCACCUGACCAGCAUCAAGCCCUCUGAAGGCCUGGGGAUGUACAUCAAGUCGACCUACGACGGCCUCCACGUGAUCACGGGGACCACAGAGGGGUCGCCGGCGGACCGCUGCAAGAAGAUCCACGCGGGAGACGAGGUCAUACAGGUCAACCACCAGACUGUGGUGGGCUGGCAGCUACGUAACCUGGUGGGCUCGCUGAGGGCCGACAAAGGCGUGGUGUCCCUGACCCUGAAGAAGCGUCCGCAGAGCACGCUAAGCUCCGCCCCCGCUCUGCUGAAGAACAUGCGCUGGAAGCCCCUCGCUCUGCAGCCAACCAGAAGCCCGGGCAGCAGUUCGGCCACGCCCUCGGGCACGCCCACCAAGAGCUCCGCCAUCCAGGACCUCUACAUCCCCCCUCCGCCCGCCGAGCCGUACACACCCAGAGACGAGACGGGAACCCUGCCGGGAGAUGAGGGCGGCGGGCGUAGUCACGGCGGCGUCGGCGUUGGCGUCGGCGUCGCCAAGCGCUCCGAGUCGCCGAACUCCUUCCUGGAUCAAGAGUCUCACCGGCGAGAAGAGGAGGAGCCUGUGUACUGCACCACGCCCACUUAUGGCAGGCUGAGGCCCAUCUCCAUGCCCGUGGAGUGCAGCUGGGUGGGCGACUACGAAGAGCCAGCCAAGCUGAACAGAGAGAGCCGCAGAGAGGCCUCGCUGAUGCGUUACGUGGGACUGUCCGGCGUGAGCGAGAGGACCGCCUGCGACGACUACUCGUCCCACACGGCUCGCCCGGGGAAACGGACCAACGACACGGCCAAGCGCGCCAAGAGGCGGAGCCACCACAGCCAAAGCCCCUCCCACUACGUCCUCCAGACGAAUCAGAGGGAUUCUCCGCCGAGAGACCCCGCCUCCAUUUAUCACACAUACCAACAGUCCUCAUCUCUGCAGUCAAAGAACAGGAAGAAGAAUCGAGGACGGAGUCUGGCCUCGCUGAGCCGGAGGCGUGUGUCCUGCAAGGCGCUGGGCCGAGGAGACUGCGAGGGCUGGCUGUGGAGAAAGAGAGACGCCAAGGGCUACUUCUCUCAGAAGUGGAAGAAGUACUGGUUCGUCCUGAAGGACAACUGCCUGUACUGGUACAUCAACGAGGAGGACGAGAAGGCCGAGGGCUUCGUCAGUCUUCCGGAGUUUAAGAUCGACCGGGCCAGCGAAUGUCGCAAGAAGUAUGCUUUCAAAGCAUGUCACCCCAAGGUCAAGAGUUUCUACUUCGCAGCGGACGGAGUGGAUGACAUGAACAGAUGGCUGAGUCGCCUCAACAUGGCCGCCGUGGGCUACGCGGAGCGAGAGAGGAUACGCCAGGAGCAAGAUUACUGGAGUGAGAGUGAACACGAGGAGGACGCCACCUCCAGCCCCAAACAGGACAGUCCCCCACCUCCGUAUGAUACCUACCCACGGCCUCCAUCGAUGACUGCCUACCUGGAGGGCCGGACCACUCGACUGUCGUCCACGGAGACGUCGCGUUCCCGUUCCUCCCAGGAGGACUUCCUGUGCGGCGAGGCCCCGGCGGUGGCGGCGGCGGCCGCGGAGCCGCAGUACCACCCCGGUCCUCUCGGGGGCGGCGGCGGCGGCACCGCGCACAGCGGGAGGAAGCCGGGGGGCAGCAGCAGCAGCGACGUGCAGUACAGAUGCGACGGCGUAGAGUACCGGUCCAGUCCUGCAGGGGGCAGCAGCGAGACGGGGUCUCCGGGCCGCUCUUCCUCGUCUCAGAGACGUUCCUGGCAGGACCUGAUUGAGACGCCGCUGACUGAGGCCGGACUGCACUACCUGCAGACCGGACCGCUGGAGGACGCCGUCUUCGCCGAGCCCGGUCCGGGCGGCGGCGUUUCCAUGAUGGCCGGCGCCGUGUACACGCUCCCCGCGCAGAGGAACGUCCCGUUGCCCGUGGCGAUGCAGAGGCUCAUCCCCAUGGCAACCCAGGGAGGGAAACCCCGCAGCUUCACGCUGCCGCGAGACAGCAACCUGCACACGAUGCUGUCGGCCCCACCGAAGGAAGAAACGCAGACGCACAACGGUGGCAGCGAGGGCGCUUCCCUGGGCGACCUGUUUCGGGCGUGCGAGCAGGGCGGCGUGUGCCCUCUGGGUCGCGGGUCGGACGCCAAAGGUCAGUCCGAGUGCAGGCAGUCGUUCCUCCGGCGGGCCGCCGACCCCCAGCUCAACGAGCGGCUGCACCGCCUCCGCAUCCUGACCUCCACGCUGAAGGACAGGGAGGGGGAGCUAGCGCUGAUUGACAGGCUGCUGGCCAAUCCCCAGCUGUCGUCGGCAGACUUCCGGGAGUGGAAAAGAGCCUAUCGGGAGCUGUUCUCUCAGGAGCCAGACUCCACCGCGGAGUCAGACCCCGGCCCGCCCCUCACCCCCUCGCUCUCUCACACGCACUCCUACAUCGAGACCCACGUGUGA